AUGGCUUCCUUCACCAGAUUCACCAACUGCCACUUGAUCGACAACGGCCAGCUCUACGAAUACACCGACCUUUAUGUCAACAACAAAACCAACAAAAUUUCACAUCCUCCAGCAGACUCCAGCCUUAUCACCAUAACCGUCGAUGUCCACGGCAAUAUCCUUGCUCCAGGUUUCUUGGAUAUCCAGAACAACGGAAUCUAUGGCUUGAACUUUUCCAAUCUAAACGCAAACUCAACCCCUCAGGAUGUCGCUGCUUUCGACAAGUUCUACAAAGAUGCCAUGACAAAGUACUUGUCUACUGGUGUCACCGCUACUUGCCCUACUGUGACUUCUAACUUCCCCGAAGUGUACGAGAAGGUAUUACCAUUUUACAAGAAGUCUAGAUUGUCAACCCAAACGGACUCAUUGGGUGCUCACAUUGAAGGUCCUUUCAUCAACUUGAAGAAGAAAGGCUGCCAUCCUGUAGAAACCUUUGUCGAUGCUAAAGAGGGUGAAGCUAAGUUGUACCAUAUUUACGGUGAGAGCAACUUGAUUGACAACGUAUGCAUCUUAACAGCUGCUCCUGAGAUUCCAGGAGUGUUGGACCUUAUUCCUCUUGUUAAACUGAAGAACAUUGUCUUCUCACUCGGCCACACCAUGGCUGACUACAAAACUGGCAUUAGAGCUGUAGAAUGCGGUGCCUCCAUGAUCACUCACUUGUACAACGCCAUGCCGCAACCUCACCAUAGAGACGCUGGCGUCGUUGGUUUGAUCAACUCUCCUGAACUUGGAGAAGAGAAUACCCCAUACUUCGGCUUGAUCGUAGACGGAGUCCACGUUGAUCCUUCCAUGGUGAACUUGGCUUAUAGAUCAAAUCCCGACAAGUGUGUCUUGGUCACCGAUGCCAUGCAUUUGAUUGGUUUGCCGGAUGGAACUUACAAAUGGGACGACCAAUACAUUGUAAAGACCGGUGACAGAUUGUACUUGAAGGGCACGAAAACCUUGGCUGGGGCUGCUACUACUUUGCCCCAAUGUGUUAGAAACUUGAUAAAGUGGUCCAACAUCACUUUGCCAGAAGCUGUGAAGACUGUGACUAAUAAUGCUGCUGUUUCUGUUGGUCUUGAGCAUCAAAAAGGUUUCUUGAACGUUGGGUGUGAUGCCGACUUGGUCGUUUUGGACAGAGAUGGUUAUAUUCAGAAGGUCUACAAGUUGGGUAGGGAAAUCCAAUCAAGUGAUAUCAACUUGUCCAACGAAAAGAAUCCAAAAGUGAUGGCUGUUUUGUAA